AUGGUAGUUCGUCCAGGCUGGGGCUUUCGCGACGCGCAACAUCUAGCGCCAGAACUGGGGAAGGUGCGUUUACCGCAUAGUCAGCGAGAGGAUCUGAGCGUACAGAGAGAGGCACUCACUCACUGGCAUAUCGUGCUGGCUGAAGAAGCCAAAACCCAGGAUGGCGGCGAGGAACGACCCUGUCUGUAG